AUGAUUUGCCAUAAGCUAACAUGUUUCAUAUUAUUUUACUUCAUGUUGAUAAUUCUGAUCGAAGCAGACGGGAGUAGUGGAAACCAUAGAGGGCAAUGGAAGGUUGUUGAUACAAACUCAAACAUUCCAUGUGUAGCUUUAACCGCUCAGUUAGAUUUAAGAUUAACUUAUCUUGUUAAAUUUACCGAAGUCACAGAAGAUGUCACAAUUAUGGUUCCGAAGGAAUCAACAGUCAGUUCGCAAAGCAGUUGCAAAGUCAACAACAUCGUUAAUAAUAAUAUAAUUGAAAGCCAGUUACUCCAACUGGACUUGUACAAGAUGCCUGGAUGGACACUGAAAUUCUACUUCACGAAAGAUGCUAGGUUACAAACUAAUGAUGAAAAGGAAUGGGCACUUUACCAAAUUGAAGUUUAUGCAAAUUAUUCGUCAUUGCCUGACAUGUUUCCUAACUCCGCAGACACUUCUCAUGUUUAUGUAAAUUUGAUAGACUUAGGAGGAAAGAAUGACAUAGCAGAUAGCUUGUAUUCAACUGUUGAUACAUCCUUAUAUUGUCCAAGCAAACAAUUGUAUAUGAUUAAUUCCAAUGCUGAUUUCGGACCGGAAGCAUCGAUAACGUUUUCUUUACUUCAAGUCCAAGCUUAUAUCCAUUCGGUUAGCUAUGCCUCAUCUUCAGCAUUUGGAGCAAAAAUUGUGUGCCCGAAUGACCAACACCAAGCUGAUUUGGUUCCAAUUAUUGUAGGAUCUGCUCUUGCUGGUUUUAUCAUUUUCACAAUGCUUGCAUACCUGGCUUAUCGAGCGUGCCUACCAGCAGAGGUAAUUCAGCUUGUCAAUGCGAACUCUCACAUCAACGAGACGCUUAGCUCUGAUGAUGAAGAUAAUCCUAAUGAUAUUAUCAUUAACUCAUUCGAUCACAAGCUUUGA